CUGUAGUAGUGCGUGCAGUUGUUUUGUAAGUAACAUCCAACAGAUACAUAUUCACUGUAUUCCAUGUCAGCUUACAUUCCUCAGCCUCGAAAUCUUCGUAGCUUCUGCUUUAUAUUCCAUGAUUUUAUGUCUGUACAACACAUAUUAUAGUAAUAUUUAUAAGCCCGAGUAGAUUAGUACUGGAGCACAGUAUACAAGGAGGGAAGGGUUUUUAUUUACAAGGAAAGGGCGGGACUUUUGAAAGUUUCAUUUCUUGCUUUGUAAGUGCUUCUGUUUAGUGUACAUAUAUGUUUUUGUAUCUAUUGGUGUGAAGCUAUAAGGCUAUACUCUCUUUUUGUGAGUUGUGAAUUUUGAUUUUGUUUGUUAGAUUCUGAAAGAUCUUUUCUGUUUUGUGUAGAGAGUUUGUGGGUGGGAUUUGAUUGAGGUGUGUUGGAUUGUUUGGGAGAGAUGGGGAUCAAGGAAGGAGGUGGGGUAUGGGAAAAAGGGGGUGAUUUGAUGGAGGGAGAGGAGGUGGUAGUUGAGAAUUGUGAGGGGAAAGGAGGGAGAAUUGAAGGAGAUGGUGGUGGUGAAGGCGGGGAGUUGUCGAAAAAAUUCAAGGGGGUGAGGGGGGGGAGAGGGAGGCCUAGAGAAGAGAACAAGGGUUGUGGGGAAAAUGGUGAUCAAGAUUGUGAAUUGGGUGAAAAGGGGGAGGUUGAGAGAGAAUUUUGGGAUUUGGGGGAGAAAGGUGAGAGCUUUGUUAAAGAAAAUGACAAGGGGGUUGUUGAUUUGGAUGAGAAGGGAGAGAGAAUUGAUUGUGUGGAGAAGAAUGUUGAUUUGGUUGAUGACAAAUGUGAACAAGUUGGUAAUGGUAGUGAUGAAAUGAGCGCGGAGAGAUUGGACAAAGAUGGGAUGCUUAGUAGUGAUGAUCAGAGAGUUGGAACUGAAGAUAAGGGUUUAACUAAAAGAGAUGUUGAGAAAAAGAAAGUGAAUUUAGAGGAGAGUGGGACAAAAAGAACUCUUCGCCAAAGGAAAGUGGUUCACAAGGACCCGUACACAGAGUUUCUUGACGACUAUAUACAGGGUGUAGAUGAAGGUGGGUCAGGGAGGAAACGCAAAAGGAGUUCAAAGAAAAAAGAUGAUAAGGAUAUUAAUGGUGUUAUGUCUGAUGGGGGUUUGAAAGAAUAUGCUGAUGACAAAGAUGGGAAAUCAUCAGAAAUUUUGAAGGGGAUGAAAGGCAAAAGAUGGGGUGCUAAAAAAGUGAACAAGGGUUUGGGGGAAAUUGGCAGUCAAGAUGUUGAUAUGAAUGAAAAGGAGGAGGAAACAGGGGAGGUUGUGAGAGAAAUUGGUGACUGGACACAGAAAGGUGUGAGCUUUGUUCAAGGAAAUGAAACAGGGGAUCCUGCAAUACAUGGGCAGGGCGAGGAAUUUAAUCCUAUUAGGAAAAAUGCUGAUUGGAAUUGUGUGAAGGUGGAUGAAAUUAGUAAUGGCAGUGAUAAAUCAGAAAAAGAUAGGAUAGAUAGUUGUGCUGACCAGACUAUUGAAAAAGGACAGGAGAUGAUGGGGUUAACUAAAAGAAGUGUUGAGGAAAAGAAAAUGAAUUCAGAAGAGAGUGUGCCGAGGAGAAAUCUUAGGCAGAGAAAAGUGGUUAUUAAGGACCAGUAUGAUGAAUGUGUCGAAAAGUAUUUUCAGGAGGAAGAUGAAGCUAAGUCACAGAAGAGACGCAGAAAAAGUUCAAUGAAAACUAAUGAUGAGGAGAAUUGUAAGAUGACUAGGGGUCCGGAAAAGAAGGAAAGUGAUGGAGGUAAUGAUGAGUCAGCUAGUUCAGAAGGAGAUGCUACUAGUACAGCUUGCAAGGGUGCUGAUGCUCUUAAAAAGCCAAAGGGUGGUCGAAAGAUGGACGAAAAUGGAAAACCGCUAUCCAAUAUGUGUCAUCAGUGCCAGAGGAACGACAAAGGUCGGACCGUAAAAUGCGAGAAUUGUAUAUGGAAGCGAUACUGUGUUCCCUGCAUGACAACUUGGUACCCAAAGAUGACAGAGUAUGAUUUUGCCAAGAUGUGCCCUGUUUGUCAAGUGAACUGUAACUGUAAAAGAUGUUUGCGGCUAGAAGUACUCAAAAAAGAUAAGGAAAAAUUUGAUUUAAAAUUCACUGAAGAAGAAAAAAUUGAAUACUCUAAAUAUAUUAUCCCCAUGCUUCUUCCAUUCUUGAAACAAUUCAAUGAGGAGCAAAUGAAGGAGAAGGCCAUAGAAGCUAAAAUUCAAGGGUUAUCAUUGUCAGAUUUGAAGGUUCAAAAGGCAAAUUGCACUUUGGGAGAACGUAUAUAUUGCGACUAUUGUAAAACUUCAAUUGCUGAUUUUCACAGAAGCUGUACAAGUUGUGCUUAUGAUCUUUGUCUGACUUGCUGUCGAGAGUUCCGUGAUGGUUGCCUAAAAGUCUCUAAUGAAGAGUUGGAUUUUCAGUUUGUAGACCCAGGGUCCAAAUACAUGCAUGGUGAAGGUGAAUCAAAGCCUACAAUGCGCACACCAGAUGAAACUAAUCGCGAGGAUUUUUUGAAGUGGAAAUCUCAUGAAGAUGGUAACAUCCCUUGUCCCCACAAAACUUUGGGCGGUUGCGGGGAAGGGAUUUUAGAGUUGAAGUGUUUACUUGAGGAUUUAGUUUCCACAUUGCUGGUUGAAGCUGAGAAAUUGUCAGAGAAAUACCGACUUGUUCCAGCAACUACUGGAGAGCGGUGCCCCUGUUUCAAUUCAGCUUCUGAAAUUGGCACUGAAAAAUCGAAGUUACUGAAAGCCGCAUCUCGGAAAGAUAGCAGUGACAAUUAUUUGUACAGUCCAACUGCUGUAGAACUUGAGUCUAAAGACUUGAGUCAUUUUCAGUACCACUGGCUCAAGGGCGAACCUGUUAUUGUCAAUAAUGUGCUCGAGUUAACAUGUGGUUUAAGUUGGGAACCUAUGGUCAUGUGGCGUGCAUUCCGUCAGAUCAAAAACUUAAAUCAUUCACAGCUUUUGGAUGUUGUCGCCAUUAAUUGUUUAGACUGGUGCGAGGUAGAUGUUAAUGCCCACCAUUUUUUCAAGGGUUAUCGGGAAGGUCAGCUUGAUGAUGCUGGGUGGCCUCUUAUCUUGAAGUUGAAAGACUGGCCUCCUUCCAGUUCAUUCGAUGAACACUUGCCGCGUCAUGGUGCUGAGUUCCUCAGUAGCUUGCCAUUUAAAGAAUAUACAAAUUCCCGGAGCGGCUAUCUAAAUCUUGCUGUCAAGCUGCCGGAAAAGUCCUUGAAACCGGAUAUGGGGCCUAAAACAUAUAUCGCUUAUGGAAUCGCUGAGGAGCUUGGUCGUGGUGAUUCUGUGACGAAGCUUCAUUGUGACAUGUCUGAUGCGGUCAAUGUGCUUACCCAUGUCCAAGAAGUACAGUUUACAUCUGCCCAACAGGUCAUGAUAGAGGAGAUUAAACAAAAGCACAUUUCCCAGGAUAAAAGGGAACUUUUUGGAGAAGAACAGAUAGCAGUUGAUAUGGAAAAGCAGGAAGAGGAACUUAAUGAAAUGACAGGUGCACCAAAUGGGACAAUUCAAAGUUCUGAGGUGAAAUUGGGCCAGGGAUCUACUGAUAUCACUAAUGUUCGAAUGAAGAGAAAUGCAGCUAUCAACCGGACGCUUGUGAGUCAAGAUGUCCGUGACAAGAAAAGUGAACUGAAUGAAUAUUCAGGGAAUAGUAGUGUUGGAAUUUUGGAUAACAAUAUUGAGGGAAUUGAACACCCAGAGGGAGGUGCACUCUGGGACAUAUUUAGAAGGGAAGAUUCUUCCAAACUGGAAGAAUAUCUAAGGAAGUAUUUCAAAGAAUUCAGACAUGUAUACUGCCUGCCUCUAGAUCAGGUAAUUCAUCCUAUUCAUGACCAGACGUUUUACUUAACCAUGGAGCACAAGCGAAGGCUCAAACAAGAAUAUGAUGUAGAGCCAUGGACAUUUGUCCAAAAACAAGGAGAUGCAGUAUUUAUACCUGCUGGAUGUCCGCACCAGGUUCGAAACCUGAAGUCAUGUAUAAAGGUUGCACUAGACUUUGUUUCGCCGGAGAAUGUACAUGAAUGCAUCCGGUUAUCAGAGGAAUUUCGCACCCUUCCGCCAAAUCACAGAGCCAAGGAGGACAAACUGGAAGUGAAGAAAAUAUCCUUUUAUGCGAUGCAAGCAGCUGUGAAGGAUUUAAAUAUGCUGGAGGAAGAAGGAACAGGAAAACCAGAUGAUGCUAAUGCCUCAGAAAUUUUGGCACCAAAAGGCAAAAAAGAAAAAGCAGAGAAAAAAAUAAGAUUGUGAAUGCAGCUCAUGAAGGAAUCCGCAUAUUAUAAGGUCUUCAGCAGUUAUGGGAUCUAUCUAUGGCUGGUCGUCAUCUGCAUACAGCCAUGAAUGUUGAUGGAUAAUCUUUUGGUUAAAACACACACAAUUAUGCUGUCUUUUGUUCUUUAAACAAGGAAUUUAUUUACAACUUGGUUAUGUCUUUGUUUUGUUGACAUUGUUGGAACAUUUAGAUGAGUGAUUGACUGCACUAGGCUGUUUGUUUUUUCUUCUAGUGCAGUGUGGUUUUUUA